CGGUGGGAGGAGCUUACUGUCAGCAGGGUUUGACCUGUCAUAGCGGACUCGCACGGGCUGAUUACUGACUGAUAACGUUUCUUGCCCGCAGCGGAAGUCAGCCUCAGCUCGGGAGCGAUCUCGGUGUCUGUCGUUAGAGGAGGGGUUAUUGCCGCACAGUUACCCGCCUCCUCCUCCUUUGUUGACUCUGCUCGCUCGUUGCCACCUCCAAGAUGGCCGCCGCCGGUAGCCGGUAGUGUCUGUGCGGGGCAUGGCGCGGCUCCGGCUGGGCUGAGAGCGGGCUGCAUGGCGGAAACCUGGGACUCCGAGUGGCUCAGCCAGGCUUUGGGAUACCUGCUGGCCAUGAGUGCGGAUUUCGCCCGGGAGUGGGAGAGUAAUGACAUGAGAGCCGCCAUCUUUAAGGUCCUCCUGGGCUGGAUAGUGCUGAGUGUCACUGCCAUCCAGCUGGCCUGGAAGUUCUAUGGACCCACCGUGAACAGCAUCUACUACCGGCAGGGCAUGGGUGGACACAAUGGAGGGACUCCAGAAUAUUCUCCUAAUUUUCCCAUCUGGGAGAGUUCAAGCAUGGAAUCCUUAAAAACGCACCAAGAAUGAGACCACUACUCUAGCCCUCUGCUCCUCCAUCGAGUGGGCCCCUUGACAGCAGGUGACCGGCACCACUGUGUUUUAGGGCACAUUACCUCCUUGGAGCAGAUCCCGCUGCUCUUCCGCACUGAGAGGCACUUCUAUGGACGGAACUUGAAACGUGGAAGCGGACUUUUCUAGUGCUUCCAUCCUCUGCAUGGCUAUUUGUGGGUUUGAUCCUUAAAUGCAACAAAUACAGGUGGAUCUCUCUGUUAAUCUAGCCGUGCAACAUCUCCCUAUUUCAAUCAGAUGGAAGGAACUUGAUGGUCAAGUUCUAAAGCUGCAAAUAAUAUAUAUUUCAAAGAACGAACAUGCCAACUAAAUCCUAUUGCUUAAUAUACUUCUUAAGUAUCCUCAUUUGCCAUCGGCGAUGUGUGUCUGCUGCUAUGUACAAUUCGAACUUGUCCACCUAAAAACCUUUCUGUCUUUGUAAAAUUGAGUGUGGAUGAGACAUGCUUUUUGUAGCCAUAGAUAACCACUUUCCACCAGUUUAUCAAGCUAAUACUGCCUUUUCUAGUAUUCAUCUAUCUGCUGUCUGUUUACAUAGAAUGCUGAAUGUAUAUAGAUAAAUGCUUUGGGGUGGAAGUAUAGUCCACCCGUGGCGUUUGAUGAGUAAGUACGGCAAGCCACCACUCUUCCACUAAUCGCUCCUGGGAGAGAUUUCUAAUCAACCAUGGUGAGGUUUUGUAAAGGGUGAUCAUUGAAAACUUUAUCAGCACAGACAACUGUUAACUAUAGUGCAUGGAAUUGUGGGAACUAAUCCCUUUGCUUAAUUUAAAAGGGCUGAAUCUAACUUGUUCCCAGUUAGGAUAUACCACUCUUCUCACUGGAUAUUUCAUAUGCAGGGAGGUUUUGUUUUUGAGGAUAGUGGCCAAAGUUUCUGAAAUGUAUAGUGCGCAUUGUUAUAGAAGUAAGAAGAACUUUUUUAAACAGUGAUAUUGAAUGUCAGAUGAUUUGGGGCUAAAACCUCCAUAAGCCAGAGUCUCCGAUGUAGAGUAGCAGAUAAUAAUUGUAAGGGUUCAAUGCCGCUGUUUUUAAAUUUGUUUUUGGUAUUCUGUAGUUCCUCCACAAUCUCAGGUAGCAGUCUAUGGUGUCUGUUCCAAAAGGAGAAUUCCUAAAAUAUUACAUUUCCUGUGUUGAUUAAAUUCAAAUUAGCUAUGUCCCUCUCAUUGAAAAUUAGGUGGGGUCUCUUGCAGCAUUAAGCCCUAGUUUCUAGUUGAGGGUAAAUGUAGUUUCCCCAUGUUAAAGAACUCUGCAGAAUUCACCAACAAUACUGGCCAAGGACCCAAGAUUGCUAGGCAGAGUCCUCAUUGUAGUCAUUGGCAACCAUAUUUGGGGAAGCUGAAGGUACAGAGAAGUUCUUCUGCCAAACUGACAAAGGAAUUGCAAAUUGUAGGCCAAAUGGUUAAAUUGGAAAUAUUCUUCAACAUGACUAUUUUGGCAGCAUGAUUGUUUGGCCCUAAAUUUUUGCAAAUAAAACAGUGUGAUUAGUAGAUUUACAUAAACAAACCAAAGCGAUGGCUGUGUUUUUAUAUGCAGAAAAUACACAGACCAACAGCAGAAAAAUAAAAAUAAUUCGUAAUGAAACAAUUGAAUGCUCUACAUUUUUAGCCUUGGUAAAAAUACGUAUUUUUGCAAACACUUAAAUACUGUAAUCGCCAAAAUACCUUUAGCCUAAUAGUCGUUUUGGUGUAUAGAUCAUGUCCCUGCAGUUUAGACGCUUAAGGACAGAGGCAAUUGUACAAGUUCUGAACUAAAACUUGGAAUUUGAGCUAUAUGUCUGUUCAACCGUAAUUCACCUCUUUCAUAUUAAGGGCACCAACACUUAUUAUAUAUAAUUUUGUUCAGGAGAAACAGGGCUUUCAUUCCACAUCAAAUAUUUAUAUAUGAAACCAUGUAAUAUGAAUAAAAUCUAAAAGGUGAGAGGAAUUAAGAAACCUUAUUUUCCAAGUUCUACAUGGCAUUUAACAUGUGAAUGUAAAAAUACUUUUAGCGUUUUACUAUAAUAAAAUACACAUAUUUGUGUUCAACAAUGUCUCAUGAGUACAACAUUACCCCCAUGUACAGGUUUUAUGGGGUUUUGUAAAAUUGCAUGGUCAAUUAUAGGGCUUGCAAAUUACGUUCUCUGGACUUUCUUCCUGUGUUGUCAGGCAGGUUCUUCAAUAUAGCAUUAAUAAAAACACAUAAUUAUGUAAAAAUACAUUAAAAUACACGUAGAAUUAAUUUGUAUGUGUGUAUAUAUA